ACAAGAGAAAAGGCAUGAAUUAAGUGCUGGGCACCACCCAAAUGCGAUUAUAAUAUUAAAAAAUGUUUCGAAGCCGAAGUUGGUUUGGAGGAGGGCUCUGGAAACCCAAAAACCCUCAUUCUUUAGAACAUCUUAAGUAUCUAUACAAUGUAUUAUCAAAAAAUCAAACUGUAUCUGAGAACAACAGAGGUUUGCUGGUAGAAACUCUUCGUUCGAUAGCUGAAAUUUUAAUAUGGGGUGACCAAAAUGAUAGCAGCGUAUUUGAUUUCUUCCUGGAGAAAAAUAUGCUUUCAUUCUUUCUACGUAUAAUGAAACAGAAGUGUGGAAGCUACGUAUGUGUUCAAUUACUACAAACAUUAAACAUAUUAUUUGAAAACAUACGUAAUGAGACAUCCCUGUAUUACUUACUUAGCAACAAUCAUGUAAACAGUAUAAUAGUGCACAAAUUUGACUUCAGUGAUGAAGAAGUAAUGGCAUAUUAUAUUAGUUUCUUAAAAACUUUAAGUUUGAAGUUGAAUGCGCAUACCAUCCAUUUCUUUUAUAACGAGCAUACCAAUGAUUUUCCAUUGUAUACGGAGGCAAUUAAAUUUUUUAAUCAUUCGGAAGGAAUGGUUCGUAUAGCGGUGCGAACGUUAACUUUAAAUGUAUAUCGAGUAGAAGAUGCGUCUAUGCUCGCAUUUAUACGAGAUCGCACUGCUGCACCCUAUUUCAGCAAUCUUGUAUGGUUUAUUGGUAAUCACAUUAUAGAGCUUGACACUUGUGUUAGAAAUGAUGCUGAUCAUCAAAGUCAAAACAGAUUAUCAGAUUUAGUGGCGGAACACUUGGAUCAUUUACAUUAUUUAAAUGAUAUUCUUUGUUUAAAUAUAUCCGAUUUAAAUAAAGUUUUAUCGGAACAUUUGCUUCACAAACUGUUAGUUCCAUUAUACGUUUAUUCUCUUAUGAGACAGAAGAACCUUCUAUGCCAAAAUCAGGAAGAGAGGAAACACGUGAGCACUGUAGUAGCCCUGUUCCUACUUUCUCAAGUGUUUCUAAUAAUUUCUCAUGGUCCUCUUGUACAUACAUUAGCAGCAGUAAUGGUACUAUCAGAUUUAGAAACAAUUCAAACAGGGGCGAGUAAAGUGCUCGAAAUGUACGGCGAUAUUUCAUCGAAUAAACCAAUUGCUUUUUCACCGCCAAAAGAAAGUUUAGAAAAAUCUCUUGAAAAUUUAAGCGAAUCUCUAACUGUAUCGGAUGAACUUUGCGAAGAAGAAGUUAAUUUAGAAGAAACGAAAGAUAGCACUGAAAAUGAGGGCGAAGAAGUAUUAGAAACAAAUCAUCCUAGCACAUCAUUUGAUACUGCAUCCUCUAGUGAUACAUCUGUAUUUAUGAGUCCUGAGCAAUUAAAUAUAACCAUUCCAUCAGAAGGCUUAGAAGAAAUGAAUCAUUUGAAUAUUACUGACGAAGAAAAAGAACGACUAGCAUUGGAAAGCCCUAUGAUACCUUUGGCACGAAAGAAAAGCGAAUCAUUGUCGAAUAAGCCGUUCUUAGAAACGAUCUUAAAUUCCUUGUUUUGCACUGAGAACGAUUACGCAACAUUAUUUGCGUUAUGUUUACUCUAUGCUCUAGUUAACAACCAGGGCAUAGAUCGUAAAACUUUGGAACCAAUUUUAUGUAAUCCGCGAAAUUCAACGAGUCUUUAUAACGAACUUUUAAUCGGUAGACUAAUUCAUAUUAUAACGUUAAGUUGUCAAACAAAUUCUAAAGUGAGACUCGUUACAUUGGAAUUGACGAUUAAAUUGUUAAUUCAAUUGGUAAUGUCAGAUGGACAAAAUACACUAAAAGACACGCAUAUGGCAGCAAUUGAAGCAGCUAAAGAACAAAGCACAUCGUUAUUAAAAAAUUUUUAUAAGAGCGAAGACAUAUUCCUAGACAUGUUUGAAGAUGAAUAUAGCGAAAUUCAGAAACGACCAUUAAACGUCGAGUGGCUAAUGAUGGACAGUAACAUUUUAUUACCUCCAACGGGAACCCCGAUGACGGGUAUCGAAUUUACUAAGAGAUUACCAUGUGGAGAAGUUGAAAGAGCACGACGCGCUAUAAGAGUAUUCUUUUUAAUAAGAGAACUUUCAUUGACUCUAAACAUGGAAGUAGAAGCACAGUUGCCAUUGACAAAUCCAGCCAACUGUGUUCAAGUCGAUAAUGUUCUUGAUCUAAAUAACAGCGAUUUAAUCGCGUGUACGGUUGUAUGGAAAGAUGGCCAGAAGAUCCGCCGUUUUCUAGUCAUCGAUGUUGUACAACUAAUUCUUGUUGAACCUGAUACUAGCAAACUCGGUUGGGGAGUAGCAAAACUAGUAGGUUUUUUGCAAGAUAUCGAAGUAGCUGGCGACAAAGAUGAUUCCAGAUGUUUGCACUUAACAAUUUACAAACCACUGAGUAGUAGUACCGGUAAUCGUGUUCCACUGUUAUCAACAAAGUUCAUUUUCGAUGACCAUAUUAGAUGUUUGGCCGCCAAACAAAGGUUAACGAAGGGGAGGAUAAAAGCACGUCAGAAGAAAAUGAACCAAAUUGCACGAUUACUAGACAUUCCCACCAGUAUACCUCAUUCUUCGACACCACCCAAUUACGCUUUACGUGGUUUACGACACGAACGAUUAGGACGCGGACAAAGGCAGAAAGAUCAACCGCGUCCAAUGUUCACUGUAAACAAAGUUCCUGGCUUCGCAGCACAAAUGCGUAGAGAUAAUACUACUAGACCUACCUCUGGUGUUUUGACAUCAACUCCAAAACGUGCCGAUAAUAACACGAGUGAAAAGGGCCAUGAAAACGGUUUACGUUCUCGAGACAGUUCACCCAAGAUGCCAAGGCCACGUAGCGAGGAAAUUCCUUUGGAAGAUAUGCGUCUUCGAAAAGCAUCAUUAACAUCCAAUGGACUGAGCAUAUCACAUAUAUGUCAAGAAAAGAAUGAUGGUCAAAUUUCUGCUUCUUCGACUAACGGUGAACCAUCGACUGUGAUUAGAAAACAUUCUGAGGAAACGUCAUUCACCUGUCCACAAGAAGUGAAACCACGUAGAAAAGGUCAAGUGGAAACAGUAUGA